CUAUCAGUAGUUACAAGUCACGCUUCGCACUUGACAAUACUAUACUAUUCUCCCGAAUACGUACUUGACCACUUCACCAAUAUGCCGAUGAAACUUGAAGGCAGCUGCCAGUGUGGCAGCAUUGAGUUCACGCUCGAAUCCUCAACCCCAGUGCCCUAUCAACUAUGUGCCUGUAGCAUUUGCCGGAAGGUCGGCGGAUACAGUGGCAGUGUCAAUCUGGGCGGUAUUGCCGAUAGUCUGGAGAUCAAGAAGGGAAAGGACUUGAUCAAGAAAUAUUCCGCCGUCAUGGCGAGAGGCACACCGGAUGAGAAGAUCUGUGCGUCGGAGCGGAAUUUCUGUUCCAAUUGCAGCACCAUGCUUUGGCUGUGGGAUCACCAUUGGCCGGAGCUCAUUCAUCCUUUUGCUUCAGCCAUUGACACGGAACUGCCGGUCCCUGAUGAGAUGGUCUGCAUCAUGGAGAGCUCUAAGCCCGCUUGGGUGCGAUGGCCAGAGGGCAAGAAGCAGGUAUUUGAUGGUUACCCGGAGCAUAGCUUGGAAGACUGGCACAAGAAGCACGGAUUGUUCUUCGAGUAG